GUAGUAAAGACUGCUGAGGUGUUUAAUGUGUGGAUCGUGUCUCUCUUGUUCUCCACAGUCAUGAGUUCAGCUCUGUAUCUGGUCCUGCUUUUCUCAGCUCUGUGGACGCUCUCCUUCUGUGGGACUCGUCAGUUUUAUGUGGUGAAUGUAAAUAAGACCUGGACCGACGCUCAGAAAUACUGCAGAGAGAAAUACACUGACCUGGCCACCAUUCAGAGCAACGGGAACAUGGCUAGUAUAAAAGCUUAUUUCAAUGGGUCAGCAGGCAAUUUCUGGAUUGGACUGAGACAGAAAGUUCAACAGAACAGCACUAGCUGGAUCUGGUCAGAUGGGAGUAACUCCUCAUACAGAUACUGGAACACUGGAGAGCCAAACAACACUGGGAGUGACAACUGUGUGGUAUUACAGGGUGACUCUGCAUACAAAUGGAAUGACCUGAACUGUUCUUGGUCAAAUCAGUUUAUCUGCCAUAUAGACCUUCCGCUCAUCCUGAUUACUCAGAACAAGACGUGGAGAGAAGCUCUGGGCUACUGCAGAGAGAAUCAUGUGGAUCUGGUUUCUGUUCACACUAAGAAAAUUCAGAACUUGGUGGAGAUGAUUACUAACAAAAUAUACACUGCCCAUGUGUGGAUGGGUCUGCGUCACACCUGUGCUCAGAGCUUCUGGUUCUGGGUGAGUGGAUCGACUAUCUGCUACCAGAACUGGGCUCCAGGGAACGGGACAGGGGUGGAAGACUGCAGUGGAGGAGAAAGAACAGGAGCGGUGCAGCCUGGAAGUAAGCAGUGGGUCAGUCUGCCAGAGGAUCAGAGACUCAACUUCAUCUGCACCACCUCUGAGGUCAUGAGUUCAGCUCUGUAUCUGGUCCUGCUUUUCUCAGCUCUGUGGACGGUCACCUGUGGGACUCGUCAGUUUCAUGUGGUGAAUCAAGAUAAGAACUGGACCGACGCUCAGAAACACUGCAGAGAGAACUUCACUGACCUGGCCACCAUUGAGAACCAGGAGGAGAUGAACGCUCUGAUAGCUUUUCUCAACGGGACAGCAGGCCGUUUCUGGAUAGGACUGAGACAGAAAUUUCAACAGAGCCCUCCUAGCUGGAUCUGGUCAGAUGGGAGUAACUCCUCAUACAGAUACUGGAACACUGGAGAGCCAAACAACGGUGAGGGUGAUAACUGUGUGCAGUUAUUGCAAAAUUCUGAAUACAGGUGGAAUGAUGCAGGCUGCCAAUGGACAAAUCCAUUUAUCUGCUAUAAAGGUCUUCCACUCAUCCUCAUUAAUCAGAAGAAGACAUGGUGGGAAGCUCUGAGAUACUGCAGAGAGAAUCAUGUGGAUCUGGUCUCUGUUCACACUGAGAAAAUCCAGCACUGGGUGGAAUCAGCUGUUUAUUAUGCCUCCACUGCUAAUGUGUGGAUGGGUCUGCGUCACACCUGUGCUCAGAACUUCUGGUUCUGGGUGAGUGGAUCGACCAUCUGCUACCAGAACUGGGCUCCAGGGAACGGGACACGGGUGGAAGACUGCAGUGGAGGAGAAAGAUCAGGUGCAGUGCAGUCUGGGAGUAAGCAGUGGGUCAGUCUGCCAGAGGAUCAGAGACUCAACUUCAUCUGCACCACCUCUGAGGAGCUUUAGUUGAGGAUUCAGGCAACCAUCAAUGAAGC